UCUGCGUGAGCGAUGGAAUUAAGGCUAUCGAAGAAAAGUUGGAUGUUGUAAAGCUCGUGUCUUCGUUCUGGAAUCCUAAUAUGGAGAGGUAGAUCUCGACAUAUCUUUGGAAGGUGAACGUGCCGAUAAAUACACCGGGAAAGGAAAUGUACACAGCCUGGAUUUUCCUUAUUCUUAUAGAAGAGGGAUUUGGACUGGCGCAAAAAUCUCAAGAUACGUACCAUAGCGAUGGCCAACCACCUGCUAACACGGAGCAGUGCGGAGUGUGGACCCGCAAUAUCAACGGGGGACUUUUCACCUCCCCAAACUACCCGGAAACGUACCCGCCAAACAAGGAAUGCGUCUACAUUCUGGAGGCUCUGCCACGCCAGAGAAUCCAGCUGACCUUCGACCCCGUGUACUACAUUGAGCCGUCAUUUGAGUGCCGCUUCGACCACAUUGAGGUGCGCGACGGGCCCUUCGGGUUCUCCCCGCUCAUCGACCGCUUCUGUGGGCCCAAGAGCCCCGGCAUAGUCACCUCCACCGGACGCUUCAUGUGGAUCAAGUUCACCAGCGACGAGGAGCUGGAAGGAAUGGGGUUCCGCAUCACAUACACCUUCAUAGCAGACCCAGAUUUCCAUUUGCACGUGGGCGGACUGCUGAAUCCCAUUCCAGACUGCCAGUUUGAGGUGGGGGGCUCUGAUGGGAUCGUGCGCUCCAGCCAGGUGGGGGAGGACAAGAUCAAGUCAGACGAGGACCUGGACUGCAUCUGGACCAUCCGCGCUCCACCGCAAUCCAAGAUCUACCUGCGCUUCCUGGAGUACCAGAUGGAGCACUCCAACGAGUGCAAGAAGAACUUUGUGGCGGUGUACGACGGGAGCAGUGCCAUUGAGAACCUGAAGGCCAAGUUCUGCAGCACGGUGGCCAACGACGUCAUGCUGGACACCGGCGUGGGCGUGGUGCGCAUGUGGGCCGACCGCAACAGCCGCCUCAGCCGCUUCCGCAUGCUCUUCACCUCCUUUGUGGACCCCCCCUGCUCUGGAAACACCUUCUUCUGCCACAGCAACAUGUGCAUCAACAACUCCCUGGUGUGCAACGGCGUCCAGAACUGUGUGUAUCCCUGGGAUGAGAACCACUGCAAGGAGCGCAAGUCGCGGGGCCUGUUCCACCAGAUCACCAAGACGCACGGCACGGUGAUCGGCAUCUCCACGGGCGUGGUGCUGGUGCUGCUGAUCAUCUCCAUCUUUGUGCAGAUGAAGCAGCCGCGCAAGAAGGUGGUGGCGCGCCGGCCGGCCGUCUUCAGCAAGGCCGGCGGGCUGCAGGAGGUCUUCGACCCGCCGCACUACGAGUUCUUCAGCCUGCGCGACAAGGAGCUCUCCUCCGACCUGGCCGAGCUGUCGGACGAGCUGGAGAGCUACCACAAGCUGCGGCGCUCCUCCACCAUCUCGCGCUGCGUGCACGAGCACCACUGCGGCGCCCACUCCUCCACUGCCGGCAGCAUGAAGCAGAGCCGCACCACCCUCAGCUCCAUGGAGCUCAGCUACCACAACGACUUCUCCAAGCCGCCGCCGCCCAUGAAGACCUUCAACAGCUGCUCCAGCGGCAGCAUGGCCGGCAGCAUGGCCGGCAGCAUGGGCACCUACAAGAAGAGCUGCUACGGCUACGCCAAACAGACUCACGACUGCGCCGCCGCCUCCGCCGCCGCCGUGGCCGAGCAGGUGAUCGAGGACCGUGUGAUGGAGGAGAUCCCGUGUGAGAUCUAUGUGCGCGGCGGCAGCGUGGCGGGCACCGCCGGCAGCAUCGGCAGCGGCUGCGGAACGCUCAGCAUCCGCAACCACGGCAGCGUGCACGGUAGUGUUGCCAGCGUGGUGGACCCCGGCCAGCGCUCCAUGUCCAUGGACUUUUAG